AUGGCUACUGUGAUUAAUAUCACAGAUAAACAUCAUCUUGAACAAAUUUUACAACAGGCAAAUAAUGUAACAAAUGGUCCAAGCAUUGUAGUAAUGGAUUUUUAUGCUUCAUGGUGUCGUCCUUGUUCAGAUAUAGCUCCUGUCUUUCAAGAAUUAAGCAUCAAGUAUAAAAAUAUGAAAUUUGUUAAAAUUGAUGUUGAUAAACUUGAGGACGUUGCACAACGUUACAAUGUCAGAUCAUUACCUACGUUUAUAUUUCUACGUGGAGCUGAACAAAUUGAUCGGAUUACCGGUGGAGUUCCACAAAAGUUAAGAGAUAAAGUACAAGAACUUGCUCUCUCUGGAUCAGACUCUCAUGAAAGUGGCUCAAAUAAAAGCCCACAGUCUUCUAAACAAUAUGAUAUGGAUAUAUUAUUGUCAAAAAAUCAAUGUGAAUGUUUAAAUGAAGAUGAUACACAUUCACUUGCUCAAUUAUUAAAUUCCUCUGAAAAUAAUAAUCUCAAGGCAUAUCUACUGUCAGAUACAGAUGAACAGCUUAUUAUAUACAUUACCUUCUCACAAUUUGUUCGUAUUCAAUCUGUACAGAUUAAUGGACCUAAAGAGAAUGCACCAAAAACAGUAAAACUAUUUAUUAAUCAAACAUCAACACCUGAUUUCGAUAGUUGUGAAAUUGGUGAAGCUGUACAAACAUUAGAAUUAACAGAAGAGGAUAUUAAACAUGGUGGUAUAACACAAUUGAAUUUUGUAAAAUUUCAGAAUGUUAGUACACUUACAAUUUUUGUGAAAAAUAAUCAAACAUCAACUGAUCAAACUCGAAUUGAUACAUUGAAAUUCUAUGGUUAUCCAGUGAAUACAAUCAAUAUGAAUGAAUUUAAAAGGGUCUCUGGGAAGAAAGGUGAAGCCCACGGUUAA